AACUCAAACAACAAUACUCUCUUUGAGGCUUCCCUCAAAUGCCGACAAACGCGACAAACGCUAUAGUAAACUAAUUCAACCGCAUUUCUCGAUCAUCAGACGCCAUACAAAACACAAAGUAUUUUGUUCGGAGGAUUAAUUUCAAAUAGUCUAGUCAGCAUUUUCUACACAUUACUUUUGUGCUUACUCGAGGUUUAUGAACAUGUGUUAAUAAGAAGAAAGAGUGAACGCAACACAUUUAUUUCGUAGAAUAUCACAUUUUGUGUAAUUUGCAACCGUCUAUUUUCUGGUCUUAUCAUCAGUAAGCGUGACGAUGAGCGAGUGGGAAGACAACGACGAUUCUGGAAAAUCUUUCAGUCAGAGUAGAUAUUCUGGUGGAGAUGAUAGUGGUUAUCCUGAAAGUCGACAUAGUUAUCGAGGACGUGGUUCGCGAGGAGGACGGGGAAAUUAUAGCAACAGAAAUAAGGAAAACGGGUUUGGCCUCAAAAAUGAUCAUUAUCCUCGAGAGGAAAAAAAUGGGAAUGGCAACGAAGUUAAUCGUACUGGCUUCCGAGGUGGUAGAGGCGGACGGGGUAGUCGAGAUGGAGGUCGCAGUGCUGUAGAAAAUGGUGGAGUAAACCAUAGAAAUGGGGAUAGGAAUCGCGAAAGUGGUUUCCGUAAGCAAGAGAACAACAAUGAUACAGCAAAUAGAGAUCGAGUAAAAACUGACAAACCUAGAGAAUUAUAUAUACCGCCAGCUCCUACCGACGACGAAAAAGAAAUGUUCGGGUCCGGAAUUAGUUCUGGAAUUAACUUUGACAAAUUCGAUGAAAUUAAAGUUAAAGUGACUGGUGAAAAUCCUCCGAAACCCAUUGAUUCCUUUGCUGGUUCGGGGUUGCUAGAUUGUCUUUUGAGUAACGUACGAAAAUCAAACUACCAUAAACCCACUCCGAUUCAGAAAUACGCCAUACCAAUCAUCAUGGAAGGUCGAGAUUUGAUGGCCUGUGCGCAAACUGGAUCAGGAAAAACUGCCGCAUUUUUACUGCCCAUGGUAAACACUUUAUUAAGUGAUAAGUCCAACAGACAAGCAGGAAAUCCACAGAUACUUAUCGUCGUACCCACCCGUGAGCUAGCUCUGCAGAUAUUCAACGAGGCGCGAAAAUUUUCUGUUGGAUCAUUUUUAAAGACUUGUAUUGCUUAUGGAGGUACUGCUACUCGCCAUCAAAUGGAUAAUAUUCAGAACGGUUGUCAUAUCCUGGUUGCAACACCAGGCCGCUUGAUAGAUUUUGUCGAUAAACAAGCUGUGUGUUUUGAUCGAAUCAAAUUCGUGGUAUUGGAUGAAGCUGAUCGCAUGUUGGAUAUGGGAUUUAUGUCAGACGUUGAAAGAAUUAUGACUAAUGAUACGAUGCCUUCGAAAAAAUCACGCCAAACCCUUAUGUUUUCCGCUACAUUUCCGAGUGCGAUUCAGGAAUUGGCGGGACAGUUCUUGAACAAUUACAUCUUUGCAGCUGUUGGCAUUGUUGGUGGAGCGAGUGCAGACGUACAACAAACUGUUUACCAGGUAACGAAAUUUCAGAAACGUAAGAAAUUGCAGGAGAUUUUGGAGUUGAAUGAUCCCAAAGGUACUUUAGUUUUCGUUGAAACAAAACGAAAUGCAGAUUAUCUCGCUUCGCUACUAUCGGAGACAACAUAUCCGACAACUUCGAUUCAUGGCGAUCGGCUGCAACGUGAACGAGAGGAAGCCUUGCGAAAUUUUAAAUCUGGAAAAAUGUAUAUUCUUAUUGCAACAUCUGUGGCCGCCCGUGGAUUGGAUAUAAAAAAUGUUCUUCAUGUUAUUAACUAUGACAUGCCCAAAAGUAUCGAUGAUUACGUUCACCGGAUUGGUCGAACGGGGCGUGUUGGUAAUAAAGGACUUGCUACAAGUUUCUACGACCCGGAAGCUGAUAUGGCAAUCGCGUCAGAUUUAUUGAAGAUUCUCACCCAAGCUGGCCAAGAAGUGCCUGUCUUUCUUCAAGGUAUCUCUAGUAGUUCUUCGUUUGGCGGACCGAGUCAAUUUGGAGGUCAAGAUAUUCGAGAUAGGGAUGGUGAAGGGUCCAGACUGGAUGCAAUGCCGAAUCAGCUGGAGCCAGAAGAAAGUUGGGGCUAAACUAGUAACACAGAAGUGUGUUGUAGGUUGAACAAUAUUUUGUUUAAAAUGAAAUCCUUAUAUUGUGUUACAUUUCAAAUUUUAUGCCGUUCUUAUAAAGAAUGCAAUGCCUGCUUAACAUUAUUUGAAGAAGAAAAAAGCUUGAUUAUGAAAUCAAUAGGAAAAACGAAUUUAAUUACAAAAUCUUAGAAAUGA